AUGCCAAUCGCGGUAGAUUGGGCAACAGAGGAGGAGUUUCAGCAAGAAGUACGAUGGGCGAUCCUCGACUGGCUUGAUAUUAUUCGGCGAAAUAGUGGCGGCACCAUCAAGGAGGAAAAGGAAGAAAAUCUUCUUCAGAUCGAUUUCGCAGCUCGAUCAGACCAAUCUGCUAUUCUCAAAAGAAUAUUACGACGACAUAAAGAGGAGCGUCAGAAACAAAUGGAGAACAUCAAAAGAGGAAAAGCCAUUGUGAACGCAGAAUCCUCAGGUUCAGAAGACAAUGAAAAAAACGCGGAAAGCUAUGAGGGCUAUGAAGACGCGGAUUAUCAUGAAGAAGAUGACGCGGCCAGCGAUGCAGGAACUACAACCCUAGUAAAUAGUGAACUUCCGCAGCUUAGUGACAUCGAAGCUGAGAGCACCCAAAGAACAAUUAACUGGCUUCAAAGCUGCCCAGAACCACCAAGUCUGGAUAACCUCCAUACAAAGCAUCAGGAAGAACAACAGAAUGAACAGGAACAAGAAGGACGCAAAGCAGUUGAAAUGAUGGAAGGAAAAAACCGAGAACUGGAAAAAGAGAGAGAUGAGCUAAAAGCCGCAACCGAAGAACUCGCAGCCAAAAUUGAACAAAGUGAGGCUAGAAACAGGGCUUCCGAGGCAAAGAAAGAAAUGCUUACUGAACUGCUAGAACAAAAACAGAAAGAAAAAGACCGUCUAAUAAAGAUGAACGCUGAAGAAGAGGCACUUGAAACAGAAAAAGAACUUCUAGCAGACAUAGAAAAAGAGCAUCAGAGCAAGGCAGAACUACUCGCAAUAAAGAAGAAAGAGUGUCAAGAAUCGGAAGAUAAACGACUUAGAGAAGAAGAAGAUAAGCCACAGGCAGAUGAAAAGUCCCAACAGGCAAAGAAAUUUGUGAAUACUGGAAGAGAAACAGAACAAGAAAAGGAAGAUAAACAGCUAGAAACAGAAGAAGGCAACAAACGCGCAAAUGAUGAGCUACAACAGGCGGAGCAAUUUCAGAAAACUGUCAAUGAAGCGGAACAAAGACGUCUCCAAGAUGAAAUCAAGGCAACAGAGGCUAAUUAUGAAAGGCUUACAAAACUUGCCGAACAAAGACAAGAAGAAAAAGACCGUCCAAUAGAGAUGGAACAGAUGAAAGAACUAAAAUACGCUGAAGAGAAGAAACAAAGUCAAGAAUCGGAAGAUAAACAACUUAAAAAAAAAGAAGAUAAGCCACAGGAAGAUGAAAUAACGAAAGAAAAAACGAAAAAUGCGGACGCAGAACAAUGCCAAGUCGCGGACAAUACGAAGACAGGACAAGAAAGAAAAGAUAAACAGCUGGAAACGGAAGAACGCGCUAAUGAUGAGCUACAACAGGCGGAGGAAUUUCAGGAAACUGACAAUGAAACGGUUCAAAAAAAUCUCCAGGACGAAGAUAAAAAUCAUCGGCCAAAUACAGAUUAUCAACAAGUCAAGAACAACCAAGUAGAAGAAAAGAAUGAAGAUCGUGUUCAGCAAGAUGUUCUCGAUGCGAGGGAGAAAAAAAAGAAACAGCGGAAGGCAGCAAAACAGAAAAAAAAAGAUAUGAACCGUCAAGAAAUCGAAAAGAAAAGGAAAGAAGAACAGCAAAAGGCAAAAGAAGAAAAAGAAAAAAGACAAAAAGAAGCAAGGGAAGCUCAGGAAAAAGAACAACAGAAGGCAAAAAUGAGAAAGGAGAAGAAUUUGCGCGAUGAAGUAAAGAAAGAAGAAAAAAGGCGACGAAAAGCCGAGGAAAAAAACCAACAGCACAAUCCAAGUAUAAGUGAGAGGAAUCAAGAAAAGCGAGCAAUUGAAUCGCAUAUCAGAGAGAGCGUCAAUAAAAUAAAAAGUCUUAAGAUGUCACUUGGUGAAAUUAAUGAGCAAGACAAGGCGAAAGAAGAACAUAAAAAUGAUGACCUAUUACCUCUUCUUUCUCAAGAUGGACCUGAACUCGUCGGUCCCGGAGAUUCGAUGGAAAUACAAUCAAACGUCAGAAAAUGGGUGAAAGGCAUCAUGAAUCCAGACAUGAAGCAACAAACCAUCGACAAAUAUGGAUAUCGCCGCGAGGAAUCUAAACAAUCAACGAAGAGCGAUCCCUCUGUCAAUUUAAAAGGCAAACCUCGAUCUGAAGAGCCACAGUCAGGCAAAAAAAUGGAUCCACCUAUUCCCGCAUCCCUUCUUAGUAGCAAGCAGACCGACGACACCGAAGAAAACCGGCCAAGAGCACCCAAAGCCAUCAGACUUCUCAACUCAGAAGAAGACAAUACUGAAUCACUGAGCGUAGCUGCCGAAAACAACACGUACCAAGAAAGCAUGUACGAAAGACUCAGGCUCAAAAAAUCGGUAAAACCAAAGGACACGUCCGUCAAACGAAAACCGUCCAACAAAGAUGCAGCACAAAAUGCCACCAAAAAAACAAAAACAGCUAGCAAUGCGAAAGAAGAUAAAGAUAAUCUCGACGCACAAGGGAAUGAAGACAAAACCGAGCGAUCAGCGAAACAAAAUAAAGCUCCCUCGGCAAAAACUAAAAGGAAAAAUUUACAUGAUCGAUGCGAGGCAUUGGCUAAAAAAAAGCGAGAAGAAUGGAACAAGAAUAAACGAGCAGCUAAAGAUCAAUGUGGAGAUGACGCUUACGAUAGCCGAACAGUCAAUCCAAUAAAAACAAGCGUUAAGAAGAUUGAAAAUUUUAGACUCCCAAACCCAAAUAAUAGGAUGACCACACGAGACAAAUUAGCAAAAAUUAGGAAAAGAGAAAUGGAGAAAGAAAGUCAAAGACAUGACACAAAACAACAGAGCAAAAAGCAAAGAGUCGAAACUCAGAAAGAAAACAAGCCAACAAACGGAAGCAAGUCAGUGCCUAACGAAUCCCCAGGAAAGAUUUAUAUAUAA